AUGAAAUAUUUAAACUCUUUACGUCGACCGAUUUCAACGCCAGAGUCGACAACAAAAGAUGGAGGUGAAUCGAACGAUGGAAAACCAAUAAAGAGGCGAACAAAUAGUUUCAUAGUUGACGAUGAUGAGAUUGGGUCGCCACUGGACAAAAUUGAGGACGAGGAUGAUGAAUCGGAUCAGUCAGAAGAACCUUUUGACGAUGAAGACGAAGGAAGUGAUGCCGAAUCGGUCGUUGAAGUGAAAAAACGGGUUAUUGAUGACAAGAAGACGCCAGUCGGCAAAGUUCCGGUUGCGCUAUUAAAGUCUACCUUCUCCAGUCCUUCCAUGAAAAAACCAGCGACAUUCGCCGAGAAGUUUAUAGACAAAGAUUUCAAGAAGAAUCGUGUUGAAUUGGCAAAGUCCGUCUUCAAACAUGUGAAGAGCAAUUUGCCCGAAGAUUUGCCGAUCAUUUGGAAUCCACGACUACGAAAGACGGCUGGUUUUUGCAGGUACAAAAGACAAAAGGGCGACGAUUUCGUGUCAAUUGUGAGAACGGUUACUGUCGAACUUUCCACAAAGGUUAUCACCGAACCAGAAAGGCUCCGAGACACGCUGAUCCACGAACUUUGCCAUGCUGCCGUUUUUCUCGUUGACAAAGUCGAGGGGGAUCAUCAUGGGCCCUAUUGGAGUAAAUGGGCAAACAUCUGCAUGAAGCGUCAUCCAAAACUUCCGUUUGUCUCUCGUUGCCACAACUACGAAAUCGUCGCCAAAUACCUCUACUUGUGCAAUGGAUGUGGGCAAAAGGUCCGACGUCAUUCAAAAUCUCUGGACAUCAGCAAGAAAAUUUGUAGAAUAUGCCAAGGGCGUUUUGAGCUACAGGUACUAACGAAGGGCGAAUACAAGCGACGGUCGCUCACCACAACACAAAGCCCCAAAAACACAUUCGCGAAAUUCGUCAAACUGCACUAUUCAACGGUGAUGCAAUUGUUGUCAGCCAAAUGGAAAGCUGAGAGACCGAAAAUGGAAAACGAUAAAAAGAGCCCUAGUGAGGGCUUCAAAAUAAAUUUUGAUGAGCUUUCGGUCGACGAAAAUGAGGCCCCAAUAAUGCCCAGCUCUUCACUCGGACUCUUCCGA